UGGGUCUGUCCUUUGACAUUCUUGUUUGUGUAGAUGGAAAAUUUGGAAUUCCUGGAAUCACUUAGUUUACUUCAGAUAGCUAAAACCUUAUCGAUUACGUUAUACCCAGACCCUUGAACUACAUCUAUUCUCAAUAAGGAGCUUUUAGAAAGAAGAUUUUGAUAUACUGUAUGUCAUUGUUCAGGGUUAGGAGGGAGCAAGGCAGAGUCUAAGGUGUUUCUUGAGCUAUUGCUCUGGUGAGAUAAGUUUUCCCGGCCAGAACAUCACUCAAGAUGGCAGAGGAGAGUGGCACCCAGGACUGCGUGUCCUUCAGUGUGCUCAACUGGGAUCAGGUUAGCCGGCUGCAUGAGGUCCUGACUGAAGUUGUCCCCAUCCAUGGACGAGGCAACUUUCCCACCUUGGAGAUAACCCUGAAGGACAUUGUCCAGACUGUCCGCAGCCGCCUGGAGGAAGCAGGCAUCAAAGUGCAGGACGUCCGGCUGAACGGCUCUGCAGCUGGCCACGUUUUGGUCAAAGACAACGGCUUGGGUUGCAAAGACCUGGACCUGAUCUUUCAUGUGGCUCUUCCCACAGAGGCAGAGUUCCAGCUGGUCAGAGAUGUGGUUCUGUGCUCCCUCCUGAACUUCCUGCCAGAGGGCGUAAACAAACUCAAAAUCAGCCCGGUCACUCUGAAGGAGGCCUACGUGCAGAAGCUGGUGAAGGUGUGCACAGACACGGACCGCUGGAGCCUGAUUUCCCUCUCCAACAAGAAUGGGAGGAACGUGGAGCUGAAGUUCGUCGACUCCAUCCGGCGUCAGUUUGAAUUCAGCGUGGACUCUUUCCAGAUCAUCCUGGAUUCUUUGCUUUUUUUCUAUGACUGCUCCAGUAACCCCAUCUCUGAGCACUUCCACCCCACCGUGAUCGGGGAGAGUGUGUAUGGGGACUUUGAAGAAGCCUUUGACCACCUGCAGAACAGACUGAUUGCCACCAAGAACCCUGAAGAGAUCCGAGGUGGGGGACUUCUCAAGUAUAGCAACCUUCUUGUGCGGGACUUCAGGCCCACGGACCAGGAGGAGAUCAAAACUCUAGAGCGUUACAUGUGCUCCAGGUUUUUCAUCGACUUCCCGGACAUCCUUGAACAGCAGAGGAAGCUAGAGACGUAUCUUCAAAACCACUUUGCUGAGGAAGAGAGAAGCAAGUAUGACUACCUCAUGAUCCUUCGCAGGGUGGUGAAUGAGAGCACCGUGUGCCUCAUGGGGCACGAACGCAGGCAGACCCUGAACCUCAUCUCCCUCCUGGCCUUGCGCGUGCUGGCAGAACAGAACAUCAUCCCCAAUGCCACCAACGUCACCUGUUACUACCAGCCAGCUCCUUAUGUCAGUGAUGGCAACUUCAACAACUACUAUAUUGCCCAUCCUCCAGUUACCUACAGCCAGCCUUACCCCACCUGGCUGCCCUGUAACUAACCUUUAAGACCUGAGGGUCCUACAGCGGGGACCCAGUAGGGCAUGGCCUCUCAGGUAGAGAAGCCUCCUUCUAGAUGUAGGUAUUUGGCUUUUAAAGGGGAACUCAGCUCUGAUUCUGCUUUUCUUUUUUUUUCUUUGUGUGCCCAUUGGAAUGGGUCUACAAGUAUUUCAUGAGCCAACUCAAAAAGGACCCAAUGACAGUGCCACUUUGGAAAAUUUAAUAGUAAGUGCAACCUAGCCACAGCUUUCCAAGACAGACACCACCAUGUCACAUCUCAAACAUUUAGCAUAUGGUCAUUUGAGCUCUGUGCUGUUUGAGAUUGGGAGAGUUUGGGCUUGAGAAACGUUAAGACACACUUCUCACCUGAGCCUAGAAUAGGCUGUGUCGGCCCUUACUCAGGAUUCUCGGCAGGUACGUGAAAGUUGCGCUGAGACUCUUACUUAUGUGUGUCAGUUUUAAUCAGACAAAAAAAAAAAGGUAAACACGAGGGUGCUCUAUAACUGAAUUUUUGUUCAUGGGACUCCAUUGUGUACAUCUAGUCCCCGUCAGUAGAGCUGAGACUUUCUUUCAUCAAUAAACCAAAGCCAAUAGCUGGAGACUUCAGACCUGGUUGGAAGUGGUUUAUGGUUUAGAUGCUGUGCUAUCUUGAGGAAUUACGAGAUAUUAUGGAGAAAAAAAUGACCUUUUCUUGAAAUGUAACUUGAAAACAAAAUAAAAUGUGGAACAUAAAGUAGAAUUGUGGUGGUGGUGGGGGGGUGGUGAUUGUAAAUAGGAAACAUGAAUGUUCUUUUUUUCUUUUCCUUAAGGAAUUCUUAUUGAAUGACACUUUUUUCCCCCCUCAUUAGCUCUAUCAUGGCUGACUUUUGUGUUGCUCUUCCUCAGCCUUGUACUGUCUUCAGUCACUGUCAUGCUGACAUGAGGGUCUUCCUGUGUUUUAAUUGGAAACCCAUUUUGGUCACAUUCCAACUAUGACAAGCUGUUCUGCUGUACUACUUUGGCCAUUUUUUGUUUCUUUUUUUUUUUCUUCAAAAAAUUGUGAUUUCCUUCUCCAGAUGUUUUUGACAGCAGAUGAAUUCAGGAAUUUGAGUAGACCUGAGUGACCUGUGGAGUUGAUUUCGAUUCUAACUUCCUGUCCCUGUGCCACAUGAGGGCAGGGGGAUUUAGCAUUAAGUCUGGCCUCAUAUGUGUUGGCGUGCCAAGGCACUUUGAAAUAAUUCAGGUGUAUUUGCAGAAGAAUUGAGUGAAUGAAGGACACUCUUCCUUAUUCUGGUAGGUUUGGCCACACUUGUUGACAUGCUGCACUUUGGAAGGAAAACAGUGUUAAUCUUUAGUUUAAAGCAAACUUAGUCAAUGGGAGAAGGUUAGGCGACUGUUACUUUCCCCAGUAAAUUUAGAUAAGAGAUUUUAUGUUUAGAAACCUUUUGUGGGAUCUUUUAGAGAGCAUCAUUUAGGGUAUCAAGGGUAAAGAUAGUCAGUAUUGCCAGCCAGCUUGGUUUCUGAAGUGAUUUGAGCAAACCCAUGCUCCUAAUUUUCAUUUUCUCCUGAGGCCAUAAAAAUCCAAAGCCCUGAGUGAUUGAAGUUAUCUUAAUGCAGAAAUGCUUGGUAGAAAAUGAGUGGUUGACUUUUUUCUAAAGAUAAAUCUUCAGGUUUCUUCUGGAAUGUGAUUUCUUAAACAAUGUCUUGUUUAAGAGGACCUGUGAUUGAAACACAGGGCUUAGCUGGCAUCCAUGUUGUGUCAUGUUAGGUGACUAGAAGCCACUUCUUAGUGUGUUUCCCUGUGAGCCUUAGCUACAUUUGAAUUCACUAGCUUUGAGUCACGGCCAAGUUGUAUGAGGGGACCUGAGGUGCUUCAGUGUUAAAAGGCAAGCAGUGAUCUCAACUUUGAGAACUAGCUGGUCAUCCAUGACCUUGAAAUGCUGCCAUUUCAACAUAUUUGCACAAAAAAUGACAGAGUUGUUUAAGCUUUUGAAAUGUGACAAAGCCUCUGCCAGCAAAGCACUUGCUAAGAGAAAUCAGUAUUGUUUCUACUUAGAAGGCUGGGGGACUAACGAGGCAUUGGAGGAAGAUAGAGCUACAUCAAGUAAUUAAAUUUCCAGUUUGUCCUUGGGGUUCACAUACAUAUAUGUAUGUAUAUAUAUAUUUCCAAUCUGAUAAUAGUCUACUGAUGACUAUGAAGGAAGGCACAGCAGUUACAAGAAAUUCCCAGAUCGGAGUGAUUCAAGUGGUAGAGCACUUUCCCAGCAAGCUUGUGCACCCCCACAAAAGUGGGAGAAACUACCUGCUCCCCAAGCUCGUAACUGCCAUUGAAUGAUGGCCAACUUGGUGGUCUCUUCCUCUGACCUUUUUAAUCAGCCCAGUUAGUUUUGUGUUUUGAGAACUGAUAUGUGUUCUAGAACCAUUGGGGUAAAACAAUGCACGGACCAAAGGUACACUUUAAAAACCCAAUCCCCUGAUAGUGAUGUCUCUGCCUGCUCUGGGAGCCUUUUGUUAGCCUCAGGAUAGGCCAGGUAACCUUGAAUUUCAGAUGUCUGGAAAUGUUAUCUGAAACCUGCCUUUCAUACUGCUCACACAACACCAGAUACCCUGAACUUGUACUGAAUCCAGUGGUUCCAAUUUUUUCGUGUGUGUGUGUUGAGUAACAUGAAACUUGGCAGUGGCAGAGGGCACUCAAGUUCAAGUACAAGUUCUAAUCUAAAUGUAAGCAGUCUCUCGUUUGCUUCAGGGUUCUGAUGCCUGUUUUCCCAGCCUACUUCUUGGAGUCAGGUGGAGCAGCGGGAUGAACAUGGUACAUUUUCCCCUUGAGUUGGCAGAAGAGCACAUGCUGGAUUCCUGGCCUUGAGUUUCAGUCUCACCCUUUAAUCUUGCCUUGGCAAUAAGACACUAUUCCUCACUCAAUAAUUUCAGUGCUGAAAUGCAACUUUGUGUCACUAACACAUUCCAAUCAGAGUUCCUGAUGACUCCAUAUGGGAUGUGGCAUAGCCCACACCUGGGGACUGGGCACAUGGGACGUGUUGCAUAGGGAACCUUGUGCAUCACUCCUGAUUUUAUGGAACACACAUUGUUUGACAUACAAGUUUUGUGGGUUUGUUUUUUUUUUACUCCCAGUUUGAUUUGCACUGGGGAUUUGGGUCACAGUGAGCUGUGUGAGAACCCAUUUUAUGGUGAUGCCUUACCAACCAAUUUACUAAAGCCAUGGAUCUGCUUAUCCUUACCUUAGGUCCUAUCUCCUUUACUUCAUGAUAGGCUAAGAUUUUAACUAGUACUGCUUUAGCAUUGGGUAAUAGUGCAACUGAAAUGUAACUUCCUAACUUUGGGAGUAAUUCCUUUCUAGAGAACUUUCUGAUAUUGCUACCUUGUUUUGGGAUGCUCCUACAUUCUUAGCUCAUACAACCAUGAGAAGAGCCCACCCGGGGCCAUUACUUUCUGGGUAUCUAACUGGGGCUCUACACAAGCAAAAACCCUUUGCAUGAAUUCCGUCAGCUGAAAGAACUUGCAGUUUCCAAAGUUAGAUUCACAUCCUUAAUCUAGCAGAGAGCAGAACAUAUUCCAACCCAACCAAUUAAGUUCAGAGGACCAAAUGAGGGUAUAGGGAAGUAUUUUAAAAUGUCUGGCAACUUCUCAGGAUUAUUUGUGGAGAUUUCUAAGAAAAGAAAGGGCCCUUUUUUGGUGAAUUCAAGUGCCUACAUCUUGCUUACCUAUCACAUUUUUCCCCUCAUGAUAAAUAUUUUAUUUGGCAAUUCAUUUUCCAACUUUGUUUUUAACUUACAAGAAUUAAAAAGGGACACUAUUUCUAUAUGAAUUUUACUAAAUUAAAAGCAUAAAGAUUCUUUAUGUGCAUUCUCAAUCACUGAAACUAUACAGUAAUAAUUUAUGGAAAAUUUUCAAUAUCCCAGAAGAGUCUUUUGGAGUUGCUAUUGAUGAAAUAACAUUCUGACCUAGUCUCUUGCUCACUAUGGCAACCUCCUUCUAGAAACUGAAGAAACUGGUACAUUUGUGACGUCAAGUUCCCAUUCAUCUUCGAGAUCACAAAAGACAUCUUCAUCUCUGUUACUACCAUUACACUGAUAAAGUAUAAUCUUUCAAUUUCUGCAAAUUUAGAAUCAGAUUUUUCCAGACUCUAGAAAGCUGAGAUCCCAAAUUGCAGGCGAUGGACCAGAUUAGAACUGUCAAAACUACCUUUGUCAGAUGGUAUCCUGUCUGCUAAAAACAUAACUACGUUUUUUUAUUUGCUGAUGUUAUUGGCUAUCUAAAUCAUCGCUGAGAGUUUCAUAGAACUCCACUUUGGCUCAGUUAUAAAAGUUCUAUACAAUUACUCUGAUUCUACUUAGCAAUUUUGGCUUUUCAGUUUCUGAGGUUUCCAGAAAUCUUGUUUGGUCUUCUAAAGUCUGCUUUACAGCCAAAGCCUUCAUUUCUAACUGCAUUUCUGUUGAUAUGUAGUUCCUGUUCAAAAUGUUGCUUCGCUUUUUCUAAUUCCUCAAUUUUGUGAUUAGCCUUUUGUUUACUUAUUUCCUGCGUUUUUUUCCCCUUCGAGAGACUUCUCUCAGUUCUGCUUCCAGUGCUCAUAUUUUGCUUUCAUACACAGCUUUUUGGGAAGAACUCUCUUGCUAAGACAUUUCUUUUGCAAUUUGCAUUCCUUGCAUCAUUUCUUCCUUUGCCUUCAACCAGGCCUCUUUUAUUUCUGUUUCAAGUUGUGCCAUAAAGUAACUCAUUUUUGGCACAUUUAAGAUCUUUUGAACCCUCACUAGCAAGAAUACCUCUACCGGAUAUCCCUUUUUUGGAUGUCAACUGGAUAAUUAAAUCUAAAAUAAUGAUCUCCACCAAGAAUCACCCAGUCACCAUGGCUGGGUUCCAAAAUAUGUUUUCCAUUUAUAUUUGUCUGCUUCCUCAACUGGGAUAAUAUUCAUUGUCCCUUCAAAUUUUUUGAUUGUACAAUGAUCAUCAGCAACCAGCAUUCCAGAGUAUUGAAUGUCAUGGCUAGAGUUUGAUUUAUACUUUGCAACUGGAAUUUUUCCAUCUUUUAUCAUACAUAGCACCAUCUCUAGGAAUUGUGAUCUUCACUGAGAUUUACAUGGUUUGGUAGAUGGUUGUCCAUUAAAAUGUAACGCCUGUUUUUUUGUAACUCUUUUAUUUAAGUUUUCUUUUUUUCAGUUUGCUCAGACUUUUCUUUCCCUAUUCUUUGCAUUUCUCCCAUGUCUCUUUCCAGUUGAUGGAGUUUCAUUCCUAAGGAUGUUAUUUCUGGCCGGUAGCAUUCGUGGUCAAUAUCCCGAUCAUUUUUUUCCAAGCAGAUUUUAGCAUUUCAAUUUCUGUGAUUAACUUUAUGUCUUCAUUUACUUUGGUGAUGUUGAUUAUCAAAUGAGCUUAGUUAGCCUAGCUGAGUGCUUGGUGUUUCUUUAUGUAUAGCUGGCAGCUGGACUGAUCAUAGCAAUCAUUGUAAUUUUUUAAUCUCCACCCCAACUUUUUUGUAAUAGCCAUGGAAGAACAGAUUGACAAUAAAGAAUAAGAACCCUUUUCCAUUUGCUUGUUCAGAAUGCACAUACAAGUUCAGGCAAGGACUUGUUAAUGCUCACACCUUCUUUCAGUUGAUCUCAAGUAGUGUGGGAUGUAGCACAGUGUUCACUGCCUGCCCCAUCCAUCAGGUUUAGGCAGCUAGUUAUUUGGUGAUCAUGUUCUUUUCCUUCCGUGAAUCCUGUUUUGGUCUAGGUCAUCAUCAAGAUAAAAACUGAAUACGAAUGGGAACUUUGAUCACUCAUACCAGUAGCAGCAGUUGCUCUUUAUUUCCCAAUUCCACCCAACUUGGGACAUCAGAAUAAGAACUGAGGACUUUCCUUUCAUGGACAGCUCUUUAACAUAUGGUUGGGAAGUUGAAUGCAUGCUUAUUCUCAGUGGUGGUUUUCUUUAUCUGGCUGUGCCUUUACAUGAAUUUUUUUCAUUAUAUACUUCAAAGAAACUCAUUUCAAAAUGGUAGCUGACCUCUAGGGCUUAUGUUUUGGCUACUUGAGCAAAAAGAUCUUCACAAAGAUCUUUUUCCUGGUUGUUCACUAAAUCCAAUCAUUGUGUAUGAUUUUCCAUCCAGCUUGAUCAUAAGCAGAGACAGGUGGCAUGGAUUUCAGAGGGUUUUGUAGGAGUGGUGUUGCUAGUGUCUGAUACGCAGUGAUCUGGCAGCAUAAUGAGGGUGACACUCAUCAAAAGACCAGGAUGAAACACUUUCAUAUUUCAUAUUUUCUUCUGCAUCACGAAGACCACAUGGGAUGCUUUUUCAAUACCUUUUUUUGCUGAAAGGCCUUAUAGGUACUACCAUGGUCACUUAACUAUUCUCUACUUUUUAAACAUUCUUUUUAAUAGUCUCUACUUUUAAGGGGUCUGCUUCUACAGAGAUGUUCUAAACUGAACUACUUUCUUCAGGACAGAGUGUAUUUUUUUGUGACCUUUCCCUUUUAUUUGCCAGAAGAGAACUUUUUGGCUUUUGUUUAACUUUUUUGAAACUAUUUUUCAGUAUUGAUGUAGCUGGGCUUUUAACCUGAGGCAGGCCAUGCUUUGGUGGCAAUUUGUGUAUGGGUUCUUUUUUCCUAAGUGUCCAAAUUUUUUUUGAAUUUGUUUGCAGUGUCCUUCCUGAUACUUCUAUAAUGUAAGUUUCCUGUUCCCGAUACCUUGAUAACCAACUUGCUCUGAAUAGGUUUCUUGCCAAGAGUCUUGAACUAACAACUUUAAUCUAACCCUGGAAACUAGUGGGCGCUCUACGGCUUUUAAGACUUUUGUGUGCCACAUUUUCAUUUUCCCUGCAUUUUCUUUGUAUUUCUCAUCAAC